GUAUGCUAUUCACUGUGUCUCAAAUACAGUUUAUGAGAUCGAGAAGUGAAUCGCAGCUCGUCUUUUUGAAGUGCAACAGAAAUGGAUGGAGGAAAGCGCCACAGAAGCAACUGCACUAAGCAGGAUCAAACGGCUCAAGCAACGAUGUUGAAAAACGGGAAAUAUAACCGCGAGAGCAGCCCAGAGAGAGUGACUUUAAAAAAAGAAAUCGGACUUGUUAGCGCUUGUGCUAUCAUUAUAGGUAAUAUUAUCGGUUCUGGAAUUUUCAUCUCCCCCAAGGGAGUGUUGGAGCACUCUGGCUCGGUGGGCCUGGCUCUGGUUAUCUGGGUGCUGGGAGGAGGCAUCACAGUUCUCGGAUCACUGUGCUAUGCAGAGCUCGGAGUAACUAUUCCUAAAUCAGGCGGGGACUACUCCUAUGUGACUGAAAUAUUUGGCGGCUUAGUUGGGUUUCUGCUGUUAUGGAGUGCUGUUCUGAUAAUGUACCCCACCAGUCUUGCUGUGAUAUCGCUGACAUUCUCCAGCUACGUCCUACAACCAGUGUUCCCAGACUGUAUUGCUCCAUACAACGCCUCUCGAAUCCUUUCAACAGUGUGUGUCUUGUUUUUGACCUGGGUGAAUUGCUCAAGUGUCCGGUGGGCAACCAGGAUUCAGGAUGUGUUCACAGCAGGAAAACUCCUGGCUCUCGGCCUUAUCAUCACUGUGGGACUGGUGCAAAUCUGCAAAGGGAACUACAAAUGGCUUGAACCUCAGGCUGCUUUUGAUUUCUGGAAGACCCCCUCUGUGGGGGAGAUAGCGCUGGCUUUCCUUCAGGGCUCCUUUGCGUUCAGCGGCUGGAACUUCUUGAAUUACGUGACGGAGGAACUCGUGGAUCCACGUCGGAAUCUGCCUCGUGCCAUAUUCAUAUCCAUCCCAUUGGUGACCUUUGUGUACACAUUCACCAAUAUUGCCUAUUUCACUGCCAUGUCACCUGAAGAGCUGCUGUCAUCAAACGCUGUCGCUGUCACCUUUGGUCAGAAACUCCUGGGAGCGAUGUCCUGGAUAAUGCCGAUCUCAGUGGCCCUGUCCACUUUCGGAGGGAUUAACGGAUAUCUUUUCACCUCUUCCAGAUUGUGUUUCUCUGGAGCCCGCGAGGGUCACAUGCCCAGCUUGCUCGCAAUGAUCCACUUCAAAAACUGCACUCCUAUUCCUGCGCUCCUGGUUUGUUGUACUGCUACCAUUGUCAUCAUGUUUAUCGGAGAGACGUACACACUGAUCAAUUACCUGUCCUUUAUUAACUACCUCUGCUAUGGAGUGACUAUCACAGGGCUGCUUGUUCUGCGCUGGAGGAAGCCCAAUCUUUUCAGGCCUAUCAAGGUGAAUCUUCUCAUUCCGGUAACCUACCUUAUAUUCUGGGCCUUCCUGCUGAUCUUCAGCCUGUACUCGGAGCCCGUUGUCUGCGGCAUCGGCC